AUGGCGUCGUGUAAUGUUUCAGUUGAGCCAACUUCUCAAAAUGAAGACUUUCCAGAUGAAGAAGAUGUUUUAUCUGAUGAUACAGAAGAAAGCAUCCCUCCUGAAAAGAAAAUUUCCUUUGGUGAUGAUGGUGUCCAGGUUGGUUGUAAAUUGUUGUCUGCUGCCCAGAAAGCCCAAAUUGAGAGAAAUCGGCAAAAAGCAUUGCUAUUACGACAAUCCCGGUUGAGUGCUAAAUCAUUCCAAACAAAAGAAGAAAAAAAACAUUUGAUGAAGGUUCCUGCCAAAGAGAUUGACACUGGAGCAGGAUUUUUUCUGGAUGAAGAAGAUGAAUUGGACCUUAAAAAUCAACAUGUGGAAUAUGUUAAAGGCCCUGCCAUGACUUAUAGCAAAGAUUUGCUUUGUGAAGAUUGUGGCCAAAUGUUUGUAGAAUCCUAUCUUCAUGAACACUUUAAGAAAAGAGUUUGUAAUAAAUGCCGGGAAAAUCAUGAAGACAAAUACAAUCUCAUCACAAAGACAGAUGCCAAGAACAAAUAUUUGUUGAAAGAUGCAGAUUUUGACAAACGAGAACCAGCCUUAAAAUUCAUAGUUCGAAAGAAUCCCCAUAAUCCAAGAUGGGGAGACAUGAAACUUUAUCUAGAAUCACAGGUGUCUGAACGUGCACUGGAAGUGUGGGAAUCUGAGGAAAACAUUGAACAGGCCAAGGACCAGAAGUGUGAAAAGCAAAACAAAAUGAAAAAGAAGAAAUUUGAAAAGAAAAUGAAAGAACUCCGGAUGACUGUACGAGGUAGUUUGUGGCGCAAACAGACAACAAUGCAUGAACAUACUUAUGGUGAAGAAACAUACGAUGAAGAAGAAGAAACAUACUCCAAGACAUGUACCACAUGCAGCCAUGUGAUGAGCUAUGAGAAGAUGUAA